AUGAGUCAAUCUCCCGUCCUUGACCAGUUUCUUGGAAAUUUGCAGGAGAUAGUGCAGAAUCGCGACGGCUCCAAACUCCAGGACUUUCUCCAACUUGAACCACCUUUGUCCGAGAUAUAUCAGCGCUUGACAGCCGAGCUUCGACAGCACUAUGCCGCCGGUGCCAAAGCGGAUGCCGACAUCCUGCAGCGAUGCGAACGCCUUGUCCCCCGGACCAAGAGCGGCUCCUCAUGGGCCGCGUUCCCCGUCUUCAUGAAGAUGUAUCUGAUCUUCCUCCGCGAGAUGAACACCGAUAACCUCCUCGAGACAUACAACCAGCUGAAAGCGCUGCUCAAUCAGUGCGUGCUCGCUCUGGGUGAUAGUCAAUUCGGCGUCGUCGUUCUCCCCACCGUUCUAUACCUAGCCAAAGUGCUCGCCAAGUUGGCCCUCGGCUUGGACCGUCGGCCAGAUUUGAUCGCCCACAUUCGACGGAUGGAAGGCCAGACAGAUCAAAAUGAGAGUGUGGAAAAGGUCACUUUGGUGGAAAAGUCUGCCAACGUUGUGCGCGAAGCUUUCAUCAAGUGUCUGACCGAUCGUACUGGCACUCCUGGCCCCAAUGGGAAGCCGGAGGGAAAACGUGUGGGUAUCUACCUCAUGGCCAACCUUUGCCUCAAGCUGCUCUUCCAGUGCGGGAAACUGCGAAACGCCGAACAGAUGUUCGCCAGCAUCAGCGCUCAAUCACCUCCCCUAGCCUACUUCCCUGCCUCGCAACGCGUCACAUACCUCUACUAUCUCGGACGAUACCUCUUCGCAAAUAACCUCUUCUACCCUGCCCAGAUCGCUCUCCAGUCCGCCUACGAUCAAUGCCACCGCCAGGCCACCAGCCAACGCCACUUGAUCCUCUCAUACCUCAUUCCGUGCAACAUCAUCCUCGGCCGGUUCCCUUCACAAGCGCUCUUCCAAAGACCUGAGGCGCAGGGACUCGCGCAACACUUCCAACCGAUUUGUCAAUUGAUCGUUCGUGGGGACUACCUCGCCUUCCGACAACAUCUCUCGGUUGGCUCCCCAACCGCUCACUGGUUCGCACGUAAAGGAAUUCUCCUCGCCCUUCGCAAUAGGUGUGAAGUCCUCGUGUGGCGAUCGUUUUCACGCAAAGUUUUCAUGUACGGAGGUUCCUAUCGAGGUCCGCAGGCGCAGGCGCAGCGUGGACCGCCUCCCAUUCUCUACCUCAAAAAGAUUGCCGCAGCUACGCGAUGGCUCCAGUCACAACAUAUACCCUCGAGUGCCGGGAUCGCCCAAUCGCCGCCGUACUCCAACAUCCAUGGUUCUCAGAUCGUUGAUGAGGCUCUGGACCCUGACUACUCGGCGCUCGAAGCGGCCAAUGGAAGUCCAGACCCCUCAACCGAGCAGCACGUCUUAAAUGACUAUGGCGAUUAUUUCGCCCCAGGAGGCUUGUAUACCCAAGAAGGACAUUUGGCUCCCAAUGCCAAGGGCACCCCCGUGGACAAUACUCCGCAGGAGACCUACGACGAUUGCGAACUCGAUCCCUACGAAUUCACACCCGAAGAUAGCAUGGAACCGGACAAGUCCCCUAUGAUGCGAGAGAUUGAAUCCAUUUUGGCUUCCUUGCUCACCCAGGGCCUCAUGGGUGGUUACCUACUCCACCGUGAACCCCGAUUUGCUGUCCCGGGCGCCAAAUUGAAGGGUAUUAUGCCCACAGGCUUCCCAAAUGUUUGGCAGACAAUCUCUGCGCAUGAAAGCCUUGAUAAGUCAGUCCCUGGAUGGGUUCAGCCUCGAGCGCCUACUGGGCUGGGAGGAGGUGGACGCGUCGUCAAUCUUGCAGGGGCACGUCCCUAUAAAUGGCCCCCGGGAAUCCCGGUGCCUAAACCCCAACUUUCCCUUCUUCCAAGUUCAUCUCUUAACUCUUUUGACCUGCAUCUUUUAUCUUGCAUUUUACCAUAUUUUGCUUCCAACCUUGGAAUGGAUCAUGCUACAGCUGUAAAAGAGAUCUCAGCGCGGGUCGCUGAGUUUUACCAGCGUCAACAACCCUUUCGCAUAUAUCAUGGCUCAACCAACAGCACUCGCCCUUCCAAUCAUUCUGCAUCCACCACCAUCAGCACGGCCGAUCUCACCCGUGUCUUGGAGAUCGAUGUCGACCAAUGCACUGCAAUCGUUGAGCCCAAUGUCCCCAUGGACGCCUUGGUGGCUGCCACCAGGGCUCAUGGCCUAGUCCCCCUAGUGGUCCCCGAAUUUCCAGGAAUCACCACGGGUGGUGCUUUCUCGGGAACAUCGGGGGAGAGCUCCUCCUUCCGAGAGGGGUUCUUCGACCAUACGAUCAAUUGGAUCGAAAUCGUCCUCGCCAAUGGGGACGUGGUGAAAGCGUACAACGACCGCGUUCAGACCGCGGGGUCCGGCUUUUCUGACUUGUUCUGGGGCGCGGCAUCCUCCUUCGGGACUCUCGGCGUGGUCACUCUACUGGAGGUCCGUCUGAAGAAGGCAGAACCACUGGUUGAAUUGAAAUAUUAUGUUAGCUCCGAUAUGAAUGAUGCAGUGCGUAUCUUGCAGCAAGUUGGCGCUGAUCCCCAGACCGAAUUCGUGGAUGGGAUCGUCUAUUCCCGGAAUCAAAUUGUCGUUUGCGCAGGACGACAGGUGGAAACUGCCUCUGCCAAACUCCAGCGCUUCACCCGCCGCCAGGAUGAUUGGUUCUACUUGCAUGUCCAGCGUGCUACGGCCGGAGCCUUCGGCCAUGUUGAUUCUCACACGCCCCAUGCUGUGGAUUAUAUCCCCCUGACGGACUACCUGUUUCGCUACGAUCGGGGUGGUUUUUGGGUUGCUCGUUAUGCCUUCCACUACUUCUGUGUCCCGUUCACCUUUGUGACACGCUGGCUGCUGAACCGUUUCAUGUACACCCGGGUCAUGUACCACGCUCUGCACGUCAGUGGUCUGGGGCGACGGUAUGUCAUCCAAGAUGUUGGUGUCCCUGUAUCCAAGGCCGCCGAAUUUCUCGACUGGUUAGAUCGCCCUGAAAACUUCGGGCAAUACCCACUCUGGCUCUGCCCGCUUCCCCCGGGAAGCGCGGGAGGACUAGAAGGACAAUCCGUCGACAAGGGAGAGGGGGACGAAGUGGACACACAAAAGACCACAUUGCUCAACUUCGGGAUUUGGGGCCCCGGUGUGACCACUGAGCAGGCCAGGUUUGUCGCUCAGAACCGACAGUUGGAACACAAGGUUCAGAGUCUGGGAGGAAAGAAAUGGUUGUACGCUCAUGCUUACUAUACAGAAGAUGAGUUCUGGGCCAUCUACGACAGGCCUGCGUAUGAUGCGCUCCGUGGCAAAUACCAUGCUCAGCAUCUUCCGACUCUGUAUGACAAAGUGCGAGUGCGCCCUGAAGACCUGCCUGGGGCGCACCGAGGUGACUUUGAAAGUGGCUGGAAGGGAAUGGUCAAACGUGCCCUUUGGGACGUUUGGCCCUUCAGUGGGCUGUACGGAGUCUACAAGGCAUGGAGAGGAGGCGACUAUCUGCUGCGAAAGGAGACUCAAAAGAAGAAGUCUGAUUGA